GCAAUUAGACUACAAGUGCGACAUCUAGUGGAGGAUUUGAAGAAAGAAGACGAAACCUUUAUUUGUCAGCGCCCGUGGACCGUAACCCAGCUCUGGUCCGCAGACUUCCGAGCGGGCCUUGAAUCAUGUGAAGUACCCACUGAGCUAAACCUCUGCCUCUGAUACCAGCAGCACUACUACUACUACUACAUUAUCUAAAGUACAUGCAUUUAUUCACCAAACCAGAAACCCUUGAAAUAGUAAUUCUAAGUGUGGACAUUGACAGCUUAUUAGUGUACGGGUAUAACACAUUAAUAUCGAAAUACCUCAGCACUAAACCUUUGGGUUUGUGCAUACCGGUAUCUUUGUGUGGAACUGUUGUGUUUACCUCACAGUUUCCGGUCGGAGCAUAUUACUGGGUACACGAAAUGGCGACCUCCCUGCUGCGGUUAGGACGACUGGGUUCCCUCAAGGUUCUCCAGUUGGACAGCUGGGGUGUCCUGGGUGUCCUGAGGAGUCGCUCGGCUGCUUCGUUCUGCACUCAGGCCGAAGAGCCUGCAAAGCCAGCGAAGAAGGCAAAGGCUGCGAGCAAGACAGCAGAGGCUCCAGAUGAGAGAGCAACCUUGCUAGCCUACAAGUCCGCAGUUGCCUUCCCAGUUAGACUUUCAGAGCCUGUUUUCCCAACACAGUCUCAAGGUGUAACUGAACCAGUGGCCAGCCCCAGCGCCACUGCACAAACUGCUGUAGCUGCAGCAGCUGCAGCGCCCGUCACUGCUCCCAGUGAACCAGCUGUAGCUCAGCCAGAGGCAGCAGAGGCUCCAGCUGCUGACACAGGUGUUGCUCAGGUUAUCGCAGCUCCACCGGUAGUUGAUGCAGCUCCCCCAGCUGCUGAGCCCCUGGUUGAUGCAAGCAGUAACACCUUAGCACCAGACGACGCUCCAGUCGCAGCCUCCGCCACAGACGAUGCAGUCCCAGCCACCGCUGCCUCCUCUGAGCCUGAUGAUCCAGCACUGGACGAAUCCUCCUCCUCCUCUUCCUCCUCCUCCUCCUCCUCAUCGGUCAACGACUCCGACUCCGACUCUGACUCUGACUCCGACUCUGACUUUGAGGACGACAAGUCAGAAGCGAAGACUGAAACCAAGACCUCACCGCCAGUGGUGUCAGAAUCCACUGUGAAAGAAGGAGAACUCCAGGAGGUCACAUCAGAAGUGAAGGAAGACACUAAUGAAGCCAAGAAGGAAGUUCCACCAGAACCUGAAGCUGCUGAGGCUGCACAGGAGGCUGCUCCAGCAGCAGCAGCAUCAACGCCCACAGAAGCAGCUCAAGCCAUUGUCGAGGCACCCAAGGUUAGCUCUGAGGAGUUAGUAGACCCCGCUCCCGAGAUCUGCACUGUGACCAGCCCAGAAGUUUCAGCUGAAGCUGCAGUGGAACCUGCUCCAGAAGUUAUAGAAGAAGUUGCAUCUCUGGCAAUCCCCGAAGCCCAAGUAGAAACUCCAGCUGAAGUUGUGAUUGACGCUGCGACUCCAGAAAAAGCCCAGACAGAUACUCCUGUAGAAACCACAGCGCCUGCAUCUGCCGAAGCCCCCACAGAAGCUGCUGCAGAGCCUGUAGAAGCUGAUGUUGCCCCCGUAGAAGCAGCUGCUGAGGCUGCAGCUGAAGUUUCUGCCCCUGUGGAGAGCACCGAGGAGCUGUUGGACCCUGCUCCGGUCUUAGCUGAAGCUGCCCCUGUAGAAGCUGCUGCAGAGCUUGUAGAAGCUGAAGUUUCUGCCCCUGUGGAGAGCACCGAGGAGCUUGUGGACCCUGCUCCGGUCGUAGCUGAAGCUGCCCCAGUAGAAGCUGCUUCAGAGCCUGUAGAGGCUGAAGUUUCUGCCCCAGUGGAGAGCACCGAGGAGCUAGUGGACCCUGCUCCGGUCCUAGCUGAAGCUGCCCCUGUAGAAGCUGCUGCUGAGGCUGCAGCUGAAGUUUCUGCCCCUGUGGAGAGCACCGAGGAGCUGGUGGACCCCGCUCCGGUCCUAGCUGAAGCUGCAGGAGAGGAGCUGCAGGCGGACGCCCCAGUUGAACCAGUUGAACCAUCUGAGGAGGCUGCAGCAGCGGCAGCGGCACCUCCAGAGCCCGAUGAGCCUUUUGACAACAGCACUUAUAAAAACUGCCAGCACCACAACUACACCCCCCACACAUUUGCAGACCUGGAUGUAGAGAUGGCCAAGUUUCGUCUCCCGCAGCCCUCCUCCAUCAAACACUAGAGGAGUUGGCCUGGCUGCAAACCUUUAUUAUGUUGCUUAAAGAAGAUGAUGGUGUUGCUGUUGUCCCUUUUUAUUGUGAUCAUUCCCUCACCUGUCAGAUCCGCAUGAAAUCCUGCUGUUAAAAAUGUUAUAUUAUUAAAAUAAACUAAUGAGAAAUGAA